AUGGGGACAGCAGGACUCAGCAGAAAGUAUGCUUUCAAGUCAAGCUUCCCGCCCUUGAUGUCAGAUCUAGCGGCCAAGAAACUAUUCAGUUUAGGACCUAAGUUGUGGCUCAAAUGUGUCUUAAAAGGCACCAUUCUUCUACAAGCUGCCGUUUGCCACGCCUCACUCUUUUCCCGCCAAACACGGCACUGUUCGGAGAAUUCCAAACGGCUGACGGCCACAUUCAGAGGCGCGAAGCCUCUGUGGACUCCACGUUCUCGCACCUUCUGCAGAACUCCAGCCAUGGCUUGUAAGAAAUACUAUUUCGAACAUGACAUUUAUGGUGUGGGCUUCUAUGAAGAAGAAGUAACAAGUGAACUCCAGCAAAGGAGGGCUACAGCAGCAAAUGCCAGCCACAGUGAAGAAGUUGCAGGCAUCCUGGAGGAGCUGGGCCACCUAAAUGCUGUGAUUGACCACAACUACAACCGUGAAGAGAAGAACAGCACCCGUGGGAAGUCCCGUCAACCUGUACAAGGAAGGCAGGAGCCAGUUUUUCGGAAGCCAACCAGGUGUUGUGGAAAGCCGUACAAGUUCACUCCUGAACAACUACUUGAACUAGACAGAGUUUUCGAAGAAACUCAGUACCCUGAUGAACUCAAAAGGAAAGAGCUUGCAGAGCUCAUUGAUGUGGAAGAAUGCACAGUGAAGGUUUGGUUCAAUAAUCGGAGAGCCAAACUUAAGAAAGAUCAGAGGGCAUUAAUGCGCAAAAGCACCCCUCCUGGUAAACAUAACCUGAAGAUUUUGAAGGAAACCAAGAAUGUCGUUGUUCUUCAGGAGCCUCUUAGGGAUGACUUUUUCUUCUAUGAGCCACACGUUGGCCACCCAAAUUGGCAGUGAC